UCGAGGCUAUCGAGUGAAUCCGGAAAAGCACAAGCAAAUACUAAUACCAAAAUGAAGUUCACUCUAUUCUGUGUUGCUCUGACUGUUCUUUUGGCCAUGGGUCAGUGCGAUCCGGACUUUAGGCAAAUAAUGCAGGAGUGCAUGCAGAGUGCUCAGGUGACCGAAGCCGAUCUUAAGGAGUUUAUGGCCAGCGGAAUGCAGAGCAGUGCCAAGGAGAACCUCAAGUGCUACACCAAGUGCCUCAUGGAGAAGCAGGGGCACCUCACCAACGGCCAGUUCAAUGCCCAGGCUCUGCUCGAUACCUUGAAGAAUGUGCCGCAGAUCAAGGACAAGAUGGACGAGAUCGCAUCGGGCGUGAAUGCCUGCAAGGACAUCAAGGGAACCAACGACUGCGACACGGCCUUCAAGAUUACCAUGUGCCUCAAGGAGCACAAGGCCAUGCCAGGACAUCACUAGUCAUUGGCAUCGCAUUUGUCAUUAAAAAGUUGAUUAACUAAAUUGUUGCACAUCUCAGGUGAAUGUUGUGAAAUAAAGUUGUUCAAGUUGCACUAAAGCAAA